UCUAAAAAUAUUACUCUCUUUCUCCUUUUCUUCUUCGCUGCAUUUUUUUUUUCGUCUUCUUCGCUGCGAAGACGAAAACAGUGAAAAUGGCUUCUCAGAGCUCUUCACUUUUUUUGGUCAUCCUCUUCAUCUUCAUCUACGCUGCUUCAAUCUCAUCCUCUCUUCUCGUCAGAGCACAUGAACAAGGCGGAGAUGAUGAAGAAGAGAUCAGAAGCGUUGGCCGUAGGUUCCUUCUAGGUUUUAAAGAAACUCCAAAAGGAAGUAACGUUACCUUCGCAUGUUCUCCUUCAGGUCCUUGUGUUUCCUGCAAUUCCUCCGAAAAGAGGAAAGAGAAGUAUCGAUGUAGUGAAACUGGUUAUCGUAUAGCUUUCAAAUGUAAAGAGGUGAAAGAAGUUGAUAAACACAAGAAAGAUGAAGGAGAUGAAACACAGAACGGUCAAUCGAACCGCGACGACGGCGAAGAAACGAAAACGAGGAAGUUGGUGGAUGAUGAUUCGCCUGUAUCGAAAGUGAAGAAGUCUCAGUCUUACAAAACUUACAGAAGCUGUGUGCCUUCUGCAGAUGAAGAGAAGAUAUCAGUUCUUGGUUUUGAGUCGAUGAUGCUAGGAUUGUUUCUGCUGAGCGGAACAGCUAUAUACAUCAGAAAGAAACAGACAGUACCGAUGCUUGGGGUACCAGGUGCAAGAUCACAAAGCAAUUCUCGGUUUUAAGAAAACCCUUUUUCAGUAUGUUAGCUUUCAUCUUCUCACUCGUAAACAGAUUUAACAUUUUGUUCAUCGUCUUAUAUAGCUUGAAGGAGAAGUCUAGUCCACUGUAUUCCAACUCCCAAAAUAAGAGAUUAAUUCCAGUUAAAAAUCCUCAUAAAAGUUGAGAUAACAUUAGUUUAACCAUGAUAUACAGCUCAAAGUCUUUUCCAUA